AAUAGCUGAAUGCUUCUUUGUCAGAAACUAUUGUGCGUUGGUCUUUACAAACAUCCCUGGCUGCAAUUCUCAAAAAAACAUUGAAACCGCUUUCAGUGUAUUAAACGGCGAAAAAAUGCCCUCAACAAUUGGCAAAAAAAAAUCAAUGGCUACUGUUCAGCACAAGUUUUCCAAAAUUUCGAAAAUGAAAGAAAUUACGCUACGCACGAAACCUUUUUACUUGGAAAAUAUACCCUGGAGGAUUAAAGUUCAACGACAAGUAACUAAUGGAGUAUUAUAUUUCGGAUUUUAUGUUGAAUGUAGUUCAUGUACAAUAGACAAAACAAAGGGUCAAUAUGCUGAAUUUAAAAUGCGACUUUUGUCUCAAGAAGCAGGAAAUAAAUUUAUUGAAAAAGAAGUCAAUCAUCUUUUUAAUAACAAGGAGAAUGAUUGGGGAUUCCGACAGUUUUUGAAAUGGGAAGAACUUCUUAAUCCUGAUAAAGGAUACAUCAAAGAUGAUUCUAUUACUGUGGAGGUUGAUUUAGAAAUAGAUGCGCCGUACGGUACUUCGAAAACGAUUUUUCGUUACACUCUUAGCAAUGUGUCGACGAUAGAUGUUGAACAAUUCUCUGCUCCAUUCUAUCUUCAAAAUUUGCCAUGGGUAAUCAGGGUCGUACCACGAUCAGAACAAACUGACGAAAAGCCGCCGAAAAAUUCACUUGGAUUUUUUCUUCAAUGUAAUAAAGAAGGCGAGUUAUGGAGUUCUUACGCUAAUGCAGAUUUUCGCCUUCUAUCCCAUAACUCGGAACAAGAUUAUUUCAACAAAAAAAUCGAACAUGUCUUUAGUAGCAAAGAAAAUGAAGCAGAUUUCGGUGACUUUAUAGAUUGGCAAGUAGUAUUUAAUCCUGAUAAAGAUUACAUUAAAAACGACUCUAUAAUAUUGGAGAUUCACUUAAUGGCAGAUUCACCAAAAGGAGAAAGUUGCAAUUUAGAGCUAUGUAUAAGGACAGAGUAUACUUUUAAUUUCACUAUUGAAAAUAUUUCAAAAAUGAAAGUUUCCAAACUCUCUGAGCCAGUGUAUGUUGGACAGUUACCCUGGUUAAUUAAAGUUGCGCCACUAACAGGACAAAAUCAAAAAAAGGCUAUAGAAUUUCUUGGUGUUUUUCUUCAAUGUAAUGAAGAAGGAGAAUCCUGGGCAUGUUCCGCUAAUGCUGAAUUGCGCCUUCUUUCUCACGAACCAGGACAUAAAUAUUUUGCACGAAAUAUCGAACAUCUUUUCUGUAACGAAAAUAAUGUUUGGGGAUUUAAUUGUUUCAUGAAGUGGCAGGAUGUACUUAAUCCUGUUAAAGGUUAUAUUAAGAAUGAUUCUAUAACGGUGGAGGUUCAUCUACUAGUGAAAGACGAAUCUAAAAAUAGCUAAUACUACUAAUAUAGAAAAAUAUAUUAGUUUAAUCAUAUAAGAAUUCUACGAAUACCUUCCAAAGUGAAAUUAAAAGACGAAUUGUUAGCUUUGUGUCACUGAUACAUGACACUUUAAUUUUAAGAUCAAAAAAGAGUAUAUUUUUCGUUUUCCAAUAAUUGGGUACUUUUUUAUAGUUUUAAAAAAGUUUAAAAACAAAUUCGUUUUUUUAAUUAAAAAAAAAAUUAUUUCGAUCGGCGACUGUAAAAAUUUAUUCUUUAUUUUAUUUAAGUGUAAGAAGUACUUAAAAGCAUAGUGCUAAUAUUGUAAGUCAUUUCUUAAAAAGUAUUAAUAUAAGUAUUGUUUCACAUUCCCAGAAUGUAUUGUACAAAAAAAUCUUACAUAUUAUAGAGUAUUGUUUUUUGGAAACAUUUCAUUUAGCACUAUGAGAAUUUUGGUAUUUUCAAUACUAGUAUUUAAUAUAGUUAAAAUAAUUUUCAACUACUGAAAGUUCUCGUGAUAUAAAGAAUGUUCCUGAUAAAAGUAUAUAAAAAAAUGUAUUUUUCUAUGAAUAUAAAAAUUUUGUAUAAUAAAAUAAAACAAAAAUA